GCCCCCAGCCGCCACAUUGCUCUUCUUUCCCCUUCCUCCUCGGCCUCGGCGGGCGGCCUCCGAUACCGAUACGCCGUCGGAGUCGAUUCCGAUUGCGAUUGAAGGUCUGUUCUUCUAUUUAUUAUAGUAUAUAUAGAUCCAGUCGGCUGCUGCGUUGAAAACCAGGAGAGGAUCAGAUCAUGGCGCAAAUGGGCGUCAUGGACGCUUCCCUGUGUCCUCCUUUCCACGGCCGGUCCGUCGACAAGGGGACGCGGCGCAGGCCAAGAUGGGUACUCCUCGACAAGCUCGCCUACUUCGCCGGCGCCGACGUCCGCAACGCCACCACUGCUACUUCCAAAACAAGGGAGGGCCAUGAAAUCCAGGUGACCCUGUGCACCGCCGCCCAGCCGCAGCUCGUCUCCUACGUGUGCGUCCACUCUCCCACCCUCAAUCCUGCAUCCGAUGACUACGCCAUGGAGCCCCAGAUCAUCGCCGCACACGAUGACCUCCUCCUCAUCCGCCUCAUCCUCGGCAGAGGUAACAGGUUUACUGUAUCCCUCGCCGACUACUUCGUUUACCAGGCCUCCAUUGCUGAUGAUAUCCCGCCGUCUCUCACGCGCAUCACCCAUCCCGGCCCUAUGAUCACCUUCACUAACCACGAGGUCGCCAUCCUGCACUACAUCCCUGAGGACACCCACCACCACCCGUACGCCCUCAGACCGCACAACCCCCUCAGCAGCAGCAGCAAACAACACUAUAUCGUCACCGCGUUUUCUGUCAACAGGUAUAGGCCACCAGGGGAAUACAAGCUCCAUCUCUACCACUCCCACACUCAGCAAUGGACCACCACCCACUUCAACCUUGCGGCAACAAUGCCAGAUCUCUCUCCCUUCCACCAUCGCACAACCAACGUCAUCAACCUCACUCACCAAUCUCCUGGUCUCAUGGCUUUCGUCGACCUCUGGCAGGGCCUCUUGCUCAUCAAUGUGCUUGACAAGGUACAGCCUGCCGCACCUCGCUACAUCCCAUUGCCACCACCGCUCAAGCAGGGUAAAGUCAUUUCCGGCAGAGUCGACCCAACAGAUGUUCGUGACAUUGCCGUCGACGCAAAAGGUCACAUCAACUUUGUUGAGCUGGAGGUCGAUGCUAUUCAACACGAGUCGGAUAGAACCGGUUACAUCUCUCAGGGCUGGACGGUUGCCAAAUGGAGCUGCAGUAAUACUGAAUCCGACGAUUGCUGCUGGCACAUGGACUGCAAGCUCAACGCUUCUGACAUCUCUCAUCUGAUGCCUCCUGAGCUACCCAACUACUGUCACCCAACCCCAACCUUGGAGAGACUCCACAUAGGUCAUCCCUUGCUCAGUUUGGACAACAAUGGCGAUGUUGUUUACUUCAUGGCCAAGGUCGACCACCGUGAUUACAAGGCAUGGGUCAUUCCUGUUGACAUGAGGAAAAGGCUCAUACAUGAACCAGCUGUUUUUGAGGGUGCUCCGCGUACUCUUGGCAUAGGUUCCACCUUCAUACAAACCACCAUCUCCAACUAUCCACAACCUGCUCCAGGUAAAAAGAGAAAACAGAAACAGCCUGGGAUGUUGCUGGGAUCCUCAAGCAAAAGGAAGUCCGAAACUCCCUAUUUGACAAAUGUGGUGCUGCCACUGCCAACGAGGCACGGUGUGCAAAAACAACCGGAUGCGGAAGGAGGUAGCAUGGAAGCUGAAUUUUCAGAUAAUAUGUUAUUAUAAUAAGCUGGGAUAUGAGUAAUAGUGGUAAUUAUCAUAUUUUAUUGAUAUAGUGUGAUCCCGUAUCAAGACUAUGAUCCCUCGGUUAUUCUCUCCUAUGUCGUGCUUGUAUGUGUAAGGGACGACCUGAAUGAACUCAGUUCAGACAUUUUUCUGUCCUAUCUAUGUGGUACACUUGUUUUAUCA